AGACGUGCGGAACAGUUUAAGAAACCACAGUGAAAAGCUGUGAGAAUGACAAAGGUAAGAUAACACCUGGGAACUAUCAAGAAAUUUUUAAAAGCAGAUGUAUUUUAAUCUAGAAAGUAGAAGAAAGUUAUAUGUAAACAAAUUUCAAUUACCAGAAAUAUACUGCCAAGAGGGCAGAACUAAACUGUUCUCCAUUUCUGCUGUAGUAGGACAAUGUGCUAAAAUUACUGCAAAGGAGAUUUACAGGGAAGUAAUUUUCUGCUAAGAAUAGGUAAGCAUGAAGGACAAAUUGCCACCACAAUUUUAGAAUGUUCAUCUUUGGAAGCUUUAAAGAAGAGAUUAAUGAAACAUCUGUAAAAACGCAAUGUAGCUUUAGUUGAUCCUGCCUAGAGGAAAGGAAGGAUUAGGUGACCUUUUAAAUGGGUCACACUUUCCUGUAAUUCUGUGGUUUUUUCUCAUAUUGAGAACAAGGUUUCUUCACUAGUAUGUCUGUAGUACGGUGAAAUCUGUUAUUUAACCUGAAGUUUUCUGUUCCAGUUGUCCAUCUCUGUCUCACUGCCUGAAUACUCGUGGAUAUGUGUUACACAUAAAAAUGUCAUGAUAACAACAAGAAAUAUGCUGUGAGUUCAUUAAGAGAUAGUUUCUGUGAGCCUCACUCAGACGUAGUUUAAGCUAUGUAGCCUCCUUAAUAUUAUAGUAUUAGCUUUUAUAAAUGACGACAAAACUAGGCCUGCAGAUUUAGUUGUACAAGUCAUAGGAGAAAGAUAUUCAGUUAUAGCUCCGCUACUUUCUUUAAGCUUCUCACAUGGCUGAAGGCCACAUAAUUUUCUUUUCAUGUAAGUUGCAGUUGCACUGUUUUAUAUAUACUUUUUUGGGGCUGAAAUCAACUAUUUCUUGGUGUGGGCCAAGAAAAAUGACGUUGCUGGACACAAGAGCCCUUCAAGUAAAGAAGAAUGUAACAGGAUGCUAAGACUGGAAAGUCUGAGGAGUGAAGAGACUCAUGUCUAAUUUUAGACAUCCGUCCCAGAUACAGCCUACCCAGAGCUAAUAUCCCAGAUCCCCUUCUUAAGCUGUGGAAAGAAACAGAUGCCUGUAACCUGUGAUUUAUCUGACAUACAGCUUAGGAUAACACUAAUUGCAUCCUAGAAGUGCCUACUUCUCUCAUUAACUUUCACUGGACUCCAGGUAACCAGCACAACUGUAGAUCUGUGUGUCUGUGCCACAGGCAGCUGAAGUUUACUGAGAUGAACUGCAAUAACACUAUGACGGAGUAUAUAAGCUUUUUUUUCUCCCCCCUGCUUUCAAAUAAUAUGGUUCCAGGACUUACUGCAGAACUAUUGAUGUCUACAAAGUGGGAGCCUGUGAGUCAAAAGUCAAAAUAAGAGCCAGAAUGUGGAAUAAUGUAUUGCAGAUAGGGAUAAGAAGUCUUGCCUUUCAUCAGAUGAAUUUGUUUACCAGACAUCCAGCAGAAGACAUAGACAUUCUUGAGUGGUCAGAAUGUGAGAAAACCAGACUAUCAGACAUUGAAGAAUUGAUCAGGAUGGGGGCCCAAUUGCACCAUUAUUUAAAAGCCCUUGUCCACAUACAGCACUUUACAUGAGUGCAAACCACUAUUAGAAACAAUCCCCUGGAAAGAGUAGGUGGUAGAGACUGUCAUUCUGUUUAUAAACUGCAGGCUAAGAAGAAAAUUGAGGUGCCUAAACUAGAUAUUCUAAAGAUCUUGUAGGCACCAACCAAGCAUGUUCCUGGAUGAGGUGCAAAUUCUACAGUGACACCCACAAACAACAUCAGAAGCGUAAAAACAUAUUGUAAAGAGACCACAGUUACUACACAGGAAGAAAAGCAGAAAGAUCGAAUUAGGAAUUGUUCCUUUAUCAGGGAAGAUGUUAGAAAUAUCUCUUUUACAAAGAAAUAUGAGUUUUGGUCAAGGGAUUAGAACAAUAGGAUCAUAAAAUCCUUUUGGUUGGAAGAGACCCUCAAGAUCGAGUCCAACCAUAACCCAGCUCUAGCACUAACCCAUGUUCCUAAGAACCUCAUCUACACACCUUUUAAACCCCUCCAGGGAUGGUGACUCAACCACUUCCCUGGGCAGCCUGUUCCAGUGUUUCACAACCCUCUCUGCCAAUAUUUUUUUCCUAAUAUCCCAUCUGAACCUUCCCUGGUGUAACUCAAGGUCAUUUCUUCUUGUCCUAACAAUUGCUACUUGGGAGAGGAGACCUCCAUGCUCCAACGUCCUUUCAGGCAGUUGUGGACAGCGAUAAGGUCUCUCCUCAGCCUCCUGUUCUCCAGGCUGAACAGCCCCAGUUCCCUCAACCACUCCUCAUAACGCUUGUGCUCCAGGUCCUGCACCAGCUUUGUUGCCCUUCUCUGGACUCUCUUUAGUUCUUCAAUGUCUUUCUCAUGAAAAGGGGCCCAAAACUGAACACAGUAUUCAAGGUGGGGCCUCACAAGCAGCAAGUACAGUGGAACUCCUCUAGUCCUGCUGGCCAUACUAUUGCUGAUAAAGGCCAGGAUGCUGUUGGCCUUUUUUACCACCUGGGCACAGGCUGGCUCAUGUUCAGCUGCAGUCAAUCAGGUCAAUCAACCCCCAGGUCCUUUUCUACCAGUCAACUUUCCAGCCACUCUUACCUGAGCCUGUAGUGCUGCCUGAGGUUGUUGUCAGAGGGACCUUGAGGUUCUCAGAGAUCUGGGGGUUCUUGUUGACACCAAGUUGAACAUGAGCCAACAAUGUGCCCUGGCAGCCAAGAAGGCCAACUGUGUCCGGGGGUGCAUCCAGCUGGGCAGGGAGGGGACUGUCCCGCUCUGGGGUGGCCUCACCUGGAGCAUUCACUGUGUGCAGGGCUGGGGACACAGGAGAAAAGGAGACAGAGCUACUGGAGAGUGUCCAGAAGAGGUUACGAAGUUGGUGAAGGGUUUGGAGGGGAAGCCGUACGAGGAGCAGCCGAAGUCACUGGGUUUGUUCAGCCUGGAGAAGAAGAGACUGAGGGCAGAGCUCAUCAUGGUCUACAGCUUCUUCACAAGGGGAGGAGGAAGGGUAGGUGCUGAACUCUUCAGAGCCCGAGGGAACAGCAGGAAGCUGAUCUUUCUUAUCAGCCCCUUUUAAGUACAGAAAGGCCACAAUAAGAUCUCCCUGGAGCCUUCUCCAGCUGAACACCCCAACUCUCUCAGCCUUUUGUCAUAGCAGAGGUUUUCCAGCCCUCUGAUCAUUUUGGUGGCCUCCUCUGGCCCCUCUCCAGCAGGUCCAUGUGUGUCCUGUGCUGAGGGCUCCAGAACUGAACACAAUACUCCAGGUAGGGUCUCACUAGAGAGGGGACCUGCUGCCCACACUCCUUUUGAUGCAGCCCAAGAUACAAUUGGCCUCUGGGCUGCAAGUGCACAUUGCCGGCUCGUGUCCAAUCUUUCAUCCACCAGCACCCCCAAGUCCUUUUCCACAGGCUGCUCUCCAUCCCUCCAUCCCCAGCCUGGAUUGAUACCGGGAUUGCCCUGACCCAGGUGCAGGACCUUGCACUGGGCCUCGUUGAACCUCAUGAGGUUCACAUGGCCCCACUUCUCAGCUUGUCCAGGUCCCUCUGGAUGGCAUCCCACCCCUCAGGUGUGUCAGCUGAAGCAAUCAGUACUAAAGAUAACAAAGAAAGAUGUUCAAAAUAUUUCCAAAUACUAGAUUCAUUUUUUGAGAGGUAGCAGGGGAAGGAACGUGGGAUAACUCAGGUUGGAAGGUACCUUAGGGGGUCUUUGGUCCAGCCGUUAUCAGCUAUGAGGUAAGACCAGGUUGCUCAGGGCUUUACUUAGUCAGGUCUUGAAAACCUCCAAGUAGUAAGACUGCACAGCCUCUUCUGGGCAGCCUGUUUCACUACAUGGUGUUCCUCACUAUGGGAAAGUGUCUCCUUAUAAGCAGUUCAAGCCUCUCUUAUCUGAACCUAUACCCAGUGUCUCUCAUUCCUCUACCAUGCACCAGUGUGAAAAGCCUGGAUCCACGUCAUAAGUAACCUUCUUGUAGAAACUGGAAAACUGUUAGACAUUGUAGAUAUUGGAGAGCUUUAUGUCCCUCUAAAGUCUCACCUACAGGCAGAAAAAGCCUCAGCCUCUUCUUUUAUCAUGCGCUCUGCCCCCCUUGCCAUCUUUGUGGCCAUCUGCUGAACUUAAUCCUAUGUUCAUCAGGACAUAUUCCAAUGUUUCCUGUGUUGUGGAGCCCCAAACUGGACACAGUAUUCUAUAUGUCAUCUAAUGAAUGGCAAGGAAUAAUCACUUCCCUGGAUCUACUGGGCAUGUUCCUGUUAAUAUGGACCAAGACGCUGUUGGCUUUCUUUUUGCCAGUCGCACUUUCAGCUUGCUGUGGUCUCAGUUCAACAAGAUACUCAAGUCCUUCUCCACAGAGUUAAUUUUCAGUAAUCACAGCAGCGCAAUUGUGCAACCACAUCUCUUAUUCCAAUGACAUUGCAGCUUUUCGACUGCAUGUGGAGAUCUAGUUCCUCUCACUUGUUUCCCAGGCCGUUUGCGUUUAUGUACAUACACUUGAGGUGGGCUUUUCUUUACCCUGUUUUAUAAUACCUGAGGUCUUAUUUUUUCUGUUAUCUUGCACCUUUUGCUUCCCAUCACUGUUGACUUGUACAUCAUGACAAAAUCUCCCUUCUCCAUUCUAGGCUGAAGUAUUUUUCAACAGACUGACCAGCCUGGUCACAAACAUGUGUUUUGUCCAACUUUGCCAAGUGGACUGUGUUUCUCCCCAGCAGUUCCUCAUCCUCUGCAAGAGACCUAUAGUUGUUGAAGUCAAACCCUGUCACCAGGACCAGCUGUGCACAAUGAAGUCUUGUCCCACAGGAUCCAUGCAUGCUCCUCAGACUGAGCUUGCAGCCUCUUGCCUCCUGCCAGAGACCAAACUAUUCUGCAGUUGCAGAUCUGCCAAUGGUGAGAGUCAUCCUGCUCUUGCCAGAGCCACAACACCCAGCGCUCCAGGUUGUGGGAGUUUCUAGUGAGCACAGUCUCUGGCUGCUCUUCCUUCUGUGCAUUGUAGGGGUCCAGGCUCUCAUCUUCGCAGCAUCCCUGUGAAGAUCUUGUCAGUCCCUUUUCCAUCAUCCCUUGUGCUAUGCAGCUUCCUCAUCUCCUCCUACAGCUCCUUAACUUCAACAGAGUUUCUCAGUCACAGCACAGCUUCUACAGGUAAGGAUGCUGCCCUCACCUGCUCCAGCUUCAGCAAGUGACCCCAGGCAUUCCCUGCAGCCCCAGAACCAGAGAGUUUUGUCCUUUGUCAGGAGCCCAGAUUGUGCCAAGAUCUCCGCUGUGCCUGGGUCAGUUGCUCCCGUUGGUGCUGGGGGCGAUGCCUGCUGACAUUUCGCCACCAAAGCUGAGCACUCACUCACUGCCUCCAGCAGAGUCUCUGCUGCUUCGAAGGGCAAUGCUCUGGGCCACAGGCCUGCAGUUCAGCAGCCACACAGCUCUCUCCACAGCAUUAGUUUCCUGAGUGCUUGAAAUGCCCUGACCCAGGGUCAGCUUUUCCCUCCUGCAACCUGGAUCUGAGGAGCUCCCAGAAGAACUAGGAGCAGAGCCCAGAACUGUUAAACCAGCCACAAGAACCAGCAGCUGGCGACAGUUCAAGCAGUGUCUGAGGCCCCUGUCCCCAUCCAAACUGCAUGUCCUGAGGUCACAGCACUCCCAAGGGCCACCUCCAUGGCUGGGCACAGGUGACUGCCACCCCCAGGUGAGCUUCCAACCACCCCCUUUCUGAGCAGACUGGCCUGGGUGUUGCUGUAUUGUCUCACCUUGUUGACUCUCAGUUUUUCUCUCUUGCGACUCAUGGCCUGUGGUUUCCUUCUGAGAUAAUUGUUUUUGAUUUUGCUGCUGUAUUAUCAGCUCCACCUUGUCACUGACCAUAAACUGACCUCCUGCUGGCAUAACACAUUCAGACUCUAUUUAAAUUAGGACUGUUUUGCCUGAAAAAAAAAAAAUGUAUAGUGAUUUUUCUAAAUCCGAGAGCUGCUUGAUACACUUUGUAGGGCUUCUGCCUUACCUGGUGUUCACAAGUGUGUUUCCUAGUGGGCUCAUUAGCGAGAGGAAUCAUACAACAAUGAAGAAAGACUGGGGUCCAACAGAUUGGCACACAUGGCUCAGUUCCAUGGGGAAGUUCCACGUUGAUCCUCAGAGUGGAGCAGCUGUAUAUUCCUGAUCUAUGAGAAUUGUAAUAAUUCCUACUUUUGCAUCUUUGAUGUGUUUGUAGAUAAUUUUCCUGUGUAAUGAUCACAAAUCAAGUUUUGAUUCUUACUGAUGCUGUUGUCAGAAUGAUACCCAGAGAAUUUUAUAGGUGUUAGAUGCUGUAGCAGGGAGAGGUGCCUGAGGACUGGAGGAAAGCAAAUGUCACUCCAGUCUUCAAAAAGGGCAGGAAGGAAGACCCAGGAAUACCAAAUCCCAGCAUGAAACUUUCGGUCAACGAACUUGUCAUCUCCUGUCUCCCAGAUAUACUGCACAGCGUUGCUGCUGUUGGCAUCGGGGCUGUUGAAGCGGAUGCAGUGAUCCCCUUUGUUCUGUCCCGUACAGAAAGCAUGGGAUUCUGGUCCAGAAUAUCUUCUGCACCGGCCAGCUCUGUCAUCAUGUUGUUUCUAGUGAAACAGUAUUUUCAUUCACAGGCCAAAGGAUCUCUGCUGGAAAAAACCACUACUGGAUGGAACAAAUAUAAACAAGCAUGCUUGAAAAUGCUGCAGGAAUCAACUGUAGAUACUGGAACACACUGUAACGGGACAUUUGAUCAAUUUGUUUGCUGGCCUUACUCGCCCCCAGGAAAUGUCUCUGUUCCUUGUCCUUCAUAUUUGCCGUGGCUGGAAAACGGAAGUGUAGGAAAUGUAUACAGAGUCUGCUUGGAUGGAGGGACUUGGCAAACGAAGGAGAACUCCACAGACAUUUGGCGUGACAGUUCAGAGUGUUCCGAGGAAAAUAAUUUAAAAAAAAAUGAAGAAGAACAUCAAUUACUCACCACAUUACAACUGCUGUACACUAUAGGAUAUUAUUUUUCUCUCAUCUCACUUGUAUUAGCUCUCCUUAUACUUUCUUUACUCAGAAAACUUCACUGCACAAGAAAUUACAUCCAUAUGAAUUUAUUUGCAUCUUUUAUCUUGCGUGCCACAGCAGUUCUUAUAAAAGACACCGUAUACUACAAUAUUUACUCUAAAAGACCGAAUGAUGAAACUGGAUGGAUACUAUACCUCGGUCCUGAGAUCGUGAUCAUUUGCAGGACUGCCCAGUUUUUCUUGCAUUACUUUGUUGGGGCAAAUUAUUUUUGGCUAUUGGUAGAAGGAAUUUAUCUGCAUACGUUAUUGAUAACGGUUGUACUCUCUGAAAGACGACUGCUACAGACAUACAUUGUGAUAGGGUGGGUUGUUCCUAUCCUGUUUGUGGGCCCUUGGGGAAUAAGCAGAUCAAAACUGGAGAACACAGGGUGCUGGGGAACAAAUGAACACAUGGGAAUCUGGUGGAUCAUCCGAGGACCAAUGUUGUUUUCCAUUGCAGUUAACUUUGGCAUCUUCCUAAAAAUCCUCAGGAUGCUGAUUUCCAAGCUAAAAGCUCAGCAAAUGAGCUUUCAUGACUACAAAUAUAGAUUGGCAAGAUCUACACUUGUGCUGAUUCCAUUAUUGGGGAUCCAUGAAUUUGUAUUUACCUUCAUCACCGAUGAACAGGUGGAAGGACUUUCAAGACAUAUAAGACUUUUCAUUCAGCUGACAAUGAGCUCAUUUCAUGGUUUUUUUGUAGCAGUUUUAUAUUGCUUUGCUAAUGGAGAGGUGAAAGCGGAGCUCCAGAAGCAGUGGUCCCGCUUCCUGCUCGCAGAUCCCUUCGGCUGUAAACUGUGCUUUCUUGGGGAAAACAUAAAAUACCUCAGGAAAUGUUCACAGAAACGGAAGAAACAGCACCUGAGCAGCAAGCAGCACUUGUGCCUGGAGGCGAGCGAGCCCUGGGCCGUGCAGCUGCAGCAGGUGCUGGUGCAGCGGAGGACAGAGCUCAGCCCAGAGCCAGGCUGCGCUCCCCCGUCGCGCCCACGGGCGAGCAUGUCAGACAGCAGCGAGGGAGAAGUCACCACGGGAGAGACAACCGAGGAAGUCUUCGAAGAAAGCGAGAUUUAGAAAGCAGCCGCUUUCGACCUCCCGACAGCCGGAGCAUCUUGGAAGAUCUGCUCUCACCUCCAGACUGUACAGAUCUCUGGGAUGUGCGAUGCCAGGAGGGAGCGGUUGACAGCCCAAUUAUCCCAGUUUUCUUAAUCUGAAAAACAUGUUGAUCUGGAUGUUCUUCACCUGCGUGGUGGGAGUACAAGAGAUUUGCUGGAUCAAAACAUGCUUUGAGUUGACCAAUCUGGAAGACAAUUGAUGCUGAAAGAGAUGUACGCUGGGCAGCAGGACGUACUCGGGCAGUAAGUGGACUCUGGACACACGCAUUGUGUUCCAGCAGCUUCACCCGUGCUCGACUGCCAUUCUGCUCACAUAACAGAGAAGUUGUUUGUUUUCCUCCUUCAUGGGGGUGUUUCAUAAACAGAGUUAAGUGUGUAGAAGACUUUUCUCUCCGCAGACUGAAACCAUUCCCCAUCUCAGAACAAGCCCAGUUUCAGGCCAAACCAGACACGGGAUUUAUACAU